ACACCACUGUCUGAAUUUAAUAUAACAGAACCAGAAUAAAUUUGGCAAAAGAUGAAAGACCGCCUACAAGAGUUUAAAUUGCGAGCAAAAGAACUACAACUACUUGAAGAAAAUAGCCGUGUUCCUAGUGCUGUGGCAGAGGAACCUGGAGAACUUGACCAAGCAGCUGUUAUUUUUGAAAAGGAGCCUAUAACAGAAAGGUAUUUGAAUGAAAUCCAGCGGAUUCACAAUGAUAUUAACAACUUGGCAGCGGAUGUUCAAAAGUUUAGUCAGCAGCAAAAGAGCCUGAUAGCUUCCAUGAGAAGAUUCAGCGUGCUUAAAAAGGAGUGCAGUGCCACAAGAGAGAUAAAAAUUCAAGCAGAACACAUUAGCAAGUGCUUGGAUGACUUGUCAAAAACAGUGAAGAAGGCAGAAAAAGAACAUGGUUCAUCAUCUGCCAUUGGAAGGGUUCUUAGUUCUCAGCGGGCAGUCCUGUUCCGUCGCUUCCAAAAUAUCAUGUUUCUGUACAAUGAUGCUAUAACAGCCAAGCAAGAAAAAUGCAAGAAUUUUAUCGUGCGCCAACUUGAUGUGGCUGGAAAAGAGGUAUCCGAGGAAGAAGUGAACAAUAUGGUUCAGCAAGGGAAAUGGGAAAUCUUCAACGAAAAUCUGCUUACUGAAGUCAAGAUCACUAAAACUCAGUUGUCAGAGAUUGAACAAAGACACAGAGAAUUGGUUAAUCUAGAGAACCAAGUGAAAGACUUAAAAGGCCUCUUCAUACAAAUCUCCCUUUUGGUAGAAGAGCAAGGUGAAAUGAUCAACAGCAUUGAAAUGGAAGUCGUUAAUACUCAGGACUACAUUCAGUCAUCCAGAGAAAAGUUCAGGCUGGCAACCAAGUAUCGAAAGAAGAAUCCUUGCAGGGUGUUAUGUUGUUGGUGCUGCCCCUGCUGCAAAUAAAGGGACUUCUGGGCAAUUUAAUCUUCUUUGCAAUGGCCCUGGUCCAGCAUGUAAUGAACAGGGGUAGCCUUGAUUCAGGGGGGAAAUAGCUCCACUGCCAGGCAUAGGAAGUUCUUUU